AUGGAGAUAUGGUUGAACCGAACAUCUAUAGAUGGCUUCAUCCUCUUGGGCAUCUUUUCCCAUAGCCAGACUGAUCUUGUCCUAUUCUCUGUGGUUAUGGUGGUCUUCACAGUGGCCCUCUGUGGGAAUGUUCUCCUCCUCUUCCUCAUCUACAUAGAUCCUCGGCUUCACACACCCAUGUAUUUCUUCCUCAGUCAGCUCUCUCUCAUGGACCUCAUGUUGGUCUGUGCAAAUGUGCCAAAGAUGGCGGUCAACUUCCUGUCUGGCAGGAAAUCCAUCUCCUUUGUGGGUUGUGGCAUACAAAUUGGCUUUUUUGUCUCUCUUGUGGGAUCUGAGGGGCUCUUGCUGGGACUCAUGGCUUAUGAUCGCUAUGUGGCCAUUAGCCACCCACUUCACUAUCCUAUCCUCAUGAGUCAGAAGGUCUGUCUCAAGUUUGCUGGGAGUUCCUGGGCCUUUGGGAUACUAGAUGGAAUUAUCCAGAUGGUGGCAGCCAUGAGCUUACCUUACUGUGGCUCAAGGAUUGUGGAUCAUUUCUUCUGUGAGGUGCCAGCUUUAUUAAAACUGGCCUGUACAGACACAUCCCUUUUUGACACUCUGCUCUUUGCUUGCUGUGUCUUUAUGCUGCUUCUUCCCUUCUCCAUUAUUGUGGCCUCCUAUGCCCAUAUCCUGAGGGCUGUGCUCCACAUGUGCUCUGCUCAGGCCCGUAAAAAGGCCCUGGCCACCUGUUCCUCCCACCUGACAGCUGUAUCCCUCUUCUAUGGGGCAGCCAUGUUCAUCUACCUGAGGCCUCGGCGCUACCGGGCCCCUAGUCAUGACAAGGCGGUCUCUGUCUUCUACACAGUCCUUACUCCUAUGCUCAACCCCCUCAUUUAUAGCUUAAGAAACCAAGAAGUGAUGGGGGCCCUGAGGAAGGGGCUGGACCAUUGCAGGAUUGGCAGCCUGCACUGA